UACACACAGAUACAUGCCCAACAAGAUCUGAAAUGGAGUUCUUGGAAGAAGAAAGCAGACCCAAGCUCCUCUUCCAAUCACGCCCAAUCCCUGCAAACCAUGAAGAAACCAAUCCGAAAAAACCCUUAUUCUCCUUCCAAAACCCCACCCUUUUCAUCUCUCUCCCUAUCUCUCUCCUCCUCUUCUUUCUCUCUCUCUUCCACUUCCAGUCUGAACCCCUUCAAUCCAUCUUCUUCUGGCUUGCUCUGUCGUUUUUUGUUGGCCCUUUUGCCCCCUCUUCCAUCACUGCUGGUGACAUUAGAGUAGGCCUUGGCCCCCCUCUCCUUCCCCCACCUGAAACUGAUGUGCCCAGCUCAGAUUCUUUGGAAAUUAGUCGAAAGCCUAAUCGGAGAAGUAAAAUCAAGAAACAGGAAGAACCCCAUCAAGAUUUUAGCUUUAGUGUUGUUCCGAAAGAGGAGAAGAAAAAGGAGAGUUCUUUGAGUGAUGGGGUGGUUGGGGUUAAGGAGGAGAGUGAGUGGACUGAUGGGGAUUUGGAGGUUUUGAAGAAACAGAUGGUUAAGAACCCGGUGGGAAUGCCGGGGAGGUGGGAGGUUAUUUCUGAGGCGUUUAAUGGGAGGCAUUGCGUGGAGAGUGUGAUCAAGACUGCUAAGUCUUUAGGGGAGAGGAAAGUGAGUGAUUCGGAUUCGUUUGAUCGGUUUUUGAAGAAUAGGAAACCGGUUGAUAAGAGAGUCGAGGAUGAGAUUGAGAAUGUGAAUGCGAGGCUUGGGAAUAAUGGGGAAUUGAGUAAUGAGAAAGAGAAGAGUUGGAGUAGUGGGGAGGACAUUGCUUUGCUUAAUGCACUGAAGGCUUUUCCCAAGGAUGUGGCGAUGAGGUGGGAGAAGAUUACUGCUGCUGUUCCUGGGAAAACUAAGGCGGCGUGUAUGAGUAGGGUUGCUGAACUGAAAAGAGAUUUUAGGAGCUCUAAGGCGCCUCCUUCAGAGAAAUGAGUUGAAUAGAAUGCUUCAAUCUUGGAAUUGUAAUGUUUGCAGCAUUUGCUAGGGCUUAAAAUCCAGUUUUGGACAACACGUGUGUAGAUAGUCACCUGAUAGCAAGCACCACAACCAAUGCCUCCUCGAAAGAGACUAGAUGCAGCAGAUACAUAUCCGUUAUUGAUCUUUGCUCCGAAUUUACCAAACCCACACGCUCCAGCUGCAAACACAAUUAGAAAAUGAACAUAGUGCUACACUGGUAUUGGUGCAGGUAACAUAUUAGGUUAGGAUUCUUACUUGCUGUUCCAUGUUGAUCAGAGUUAGGGUAGUAGACUGCUUGAGAAUGCAGGAAACAGUUGCUACAUGUUGCAGCAUUCCCCUCGUAGACCAUAAGAUGAGAAGAUAGUGUUAAGAUUAGUAUCAGUUGCAGAGAAGGAGCCAUUCUAAGAUAACAGAAAGGAAUGAAUUAUGCUUACUGAUAUCUGCUGCCUAAUGUAGACUAGCCUAUAAUAUUUAUACUAACCCAGCUGCUUGACCACCUUCAUUAUUAUGAUUUCUUAAGCUUCAUAUUGAAUUUGAA